AUGUCUACUAUGUUGGAAGACAGUACUGCUUAUGAUCGACAGCAGGACUCUUAUGCCAUCAACAAUGGCGUCGCAAGAACCCCUCAGAUGGGUUGGAACAACUGGAACUCCCUGGGCUGUGAUGUGUCACAAGACCUCCUCCUCGAUACUGCCAAGGUGCUGCUAGAUAGCGGACUCCGCGACGUGGGCUAUCAAUAUGUGGUAUUGGACGAUUGCUGGCAGAGUGAAAGAGGUGCAGAUGGCUAUAUUAGGCACGACGAAAAGAAGUUUCCCAAUGGCAUGAAGUACGUUGCCGACAUGAUCCACGACAUGGGAAUGCUAUACGGCAUGUACUCGAGCGCAGGAGAAAUGACCUGCGCCAAAUUUGAGGGCUCGCUCGACCACGAGGUUGAGGAUGCUACGACCUAUGCCUCCUGGGACGUGGACUACCUUAAGUACGACAACUGCUACCAUAUGGGCCGGUUCGGAACGCCAAAGCUCUCCUUUGACCGCUUCAAUGCUAUGGCCAAAGCACUCAAUGCUACCGACAGGCCGAUCGUCUACAGCCUUUGCAAUUGGGGCGAGGACUAUGUUCACACCUGGGGAAUGUCCAUAGCCAAUUCAUGGCGAGUCUCUGGAGAUAUAUACGAUCACUUCAACCGACCUGAUACACUUUGCUCGUGCACUAACCCGGCAGAUCCUCACUGUGUAGCUCCUGGCACACAUUGCUCCGUUAUGAACAUCAUCAACAAGGUCGCUCCCUAUGUUGACCGUGGUGCUCCAGGAGGCUGGAACGACCUAGACAUGCUCGAGGUCGGUCUCGGAGGAAUGAGCGACGAUGAGUACAUCGUUCACUUCUCAAUGUGGUGCGCCCUCAAAUCUACCCUCCUCAUCGGAGCCGACCUACGAAAACUCACUCCCAAGACCCUCGCCAUUCUUAACAACCCAGCUGUCAUCGCCGUCAGCCAAGACCCACUGGGCCGCUCCGCAUUACGAGUAAGACAAGACCUCAAUGUCAAGAAGGACAAAUAUGGCCAAGGGGAAGUCCAGAUCUGGAGCGGACCACUAUAUCCACACGACCAGCUCCUCAUCCUCCUCAACGCCGCAGACGAAGAACUCACUAUCACCACCAACCUCGACGAGAUCUUCGUCCACGAAGGUCCCGAGGGUUCAGCGCCACAAGUCAAGCUCGAGUACACCGUACAUGACCUCUGGGCUGAUAGGAUGGACGAACGCCAGGCCAAGAAGAUCCUUGCUGGUGACUUGUACAAACAUCGGAAGGAGUGGUACAACUCUACACAGACCUCGUACAGGGAGGGCUUGGACAAUAACGAUGAGAGGCUGUUGGGGAAGCAGGUCGGCAGUCUUACGCCCCAGAAGCCGGAGCUUUCGGUGAGUGUGCCUAGGCAUAGUUUGAAGAUGUAUAGACUUAGGCCGCAAGGUGGAGCCACGACGAGGUAUGCGCUUCAUAAGCAGGAGUUGUGA